AUGAAGUUUCCAUUGAUCCCGAUCUUAGUUGCAUGCUUCUUUGGGGUACUUUUCCUCCAAUGGCUCCUUCUCAAUCACGCCCUCUCCAUUUCCAGACCAACUAAACUACCAAGCUCUGGUGCGCUUGAAGCAGCUUUUAAUGACACCGUUACAUGGGUGGAAGAAUUUGUGGAUGUCGGCAACAAAAGUGGUGAAAAUCCAGAGGUCAACGCGGAGGAUCACUUCCCGGAGUAUUUCAGGUUCAUUGAAGACGACCUCCGGCCAUGGAGGGAGAGAGGCGGCAUCACACAGGAGGCACUUGCUAACGCACGCGCCAUAGGAGCAUCGUUCCGUGUGCUUAUUGUGCAGGGCCAGCUCUUUGUGGAGCACUAUGCGGGAUGUUAUCAAACGCGAGCGCUAUUUACACUUUGGGGAAUCCUCCAACUCUUACGCUGCUAUCCUCCUUGCCCUGCUUCUUCUCGAGGUGUUGACGCAACAAACAUCAAUAGAACAGCUAAAUAUGGUGUCACCAUGACAGAUGUAACAGGCAAUGCAUCAUGGUGUGUGCCUGACGUGGAUCUGAUGUUCGAGUGCCAAGAUUGGCCGCUGGUGGAUAGAGCUGUCCAUGCAGGUGCCGCCCACCCCCCUCUAUUGCUCAAGUACUGUAGCACGCCCCAGCACAUGGACGUGGUGUGGCCUGAUUGGUCCUUCUGGGGCUGGCCUGAAGUGCGGAUCAGGGAGUGGGACACAGAAAGGAAGCUGAUCAGAGAAGGCACGGGCUCAACUCCAUGGAGGAACAGAAUUCCACGUGCUCACUGGAAGGGCGCCACGUGGGUUGCCCCGGACCUGAGGGGUCCUCUGGUCAACUGUAGCAGACAGGAGGGAGGGGUAGGAGUUGAAGGUAGCAAAGAGGGUGUUGGCGGAGGUGGUGGUAAGGAAGGGGGGUUAGUGCAUGAGGAUGAGAAAGGUCAAGGGAAUGAAGGGAAGGUGGCAGAGAGGGAUUGGGGAGUGGAUGCGUGGGAUACGAACUGGGUGCAUGAGAUUGCAGAGGAGACUACGCGAUUGGAGAAUCAGUGCACGCACAGGUAUAAGGUGUAUGUGGAGGGGACUUCAUGGUCAUGCAGUCUGAAAUACAUCCUUGCUUGUGCGUCCACACCCAUAUUCAUCAAGACACAACACUAUGAUUUCUUUUCAAGAGGUCUGCAUAAUGGCAUACACUAUAUUGAAGCGCCUCUUCCAAGUGAAGCCCCCAUUUGCAGCAACCUCAAGAGAAUUGUUGAUUGGGGAAAUAAGCACCCUGAGGAAGCGCAGACAAUUGCAGCUGCUGCGUCAGAUUCCGUUCAAAACAAGCUCUCAAUGGAAAAUGUGUACAAGUACAUGCUUAUGUUCUUGAAUCAGUAUGCCUCGUUGCAGCUGUUUGAUCCUUCACAGUUGCCGCGUGAAGCUAUGGAGAAAUCUAAGCGAGCGCGCGUGGGCGAUGCGGGCGGGAAAGAGGCGAAGAAGGCGGCGGGGGCGAACGGACAAGCGGCGGCGACAAUGGCGGAGGAGAAGCUAGCUGAAUUCGUGGAGAAGAUGCGGAAACUGCAGGACGAGCUCGAAGAGGUGACGGACAAGGCGAGCGAGGAGGUGCUGGAGGUGGAGCGCUCGUUUGUGUCACAACGCCGGCGUCCGCUGUACGAUAAGCGCAAGGCGGUGCUCGAUAAGAUCCCUCACUUCUGGCAGAACGUGCUGUGCAACUGCGGUGCCAUACGGCACAGCACGGUGGAGCAGGAUGUGAAGGUGUUGAAGCACCUCACGAGUCUAGACGUGGAGGAGAGCAAGGAGGAGGGCGAUAUCGGUUACACCAUCACCAUGACGUUCAGCCCAAAUCCGUUUUUCAGCAACGAGACUCUCACACGUGCGCUGGUGAUGCAGGAUGAACUCACCCUGCGCGUCACAGGCACACGAAUCAACUGGAAGGAGGGGCAGGACUACACAGAAGGCAUCAAGGCGUAUGUGGAUGAGGAGGAGGAGGAGGAGGAGGAGGAGGAGGAGGAGGAGGAGGAGGAGGAGGAGGAGGAGGAGGAGGAGGAGGAGGAGGAGGAGGAGGAGGAGGUGGUGGUGGUGGUGCCUCAUGCGCACCCUUUCCCCCACAUCAUCUUCCUUUUUCACCCUCCUCCCACCUACCACCCGCAGGACUACACAGAAGGUAUAAAGGCGUAUCCGGACGAUGAGGAGGAGGAGGAGGAGGAUGUGCCUCAUGCCCACCCUUUCCCCCACUUUUUUUCUCACGUUCCUCUCCUCCCACAUACCACCCACAGGACUACAUAG